GGAUUUGCUGUUGUUGGUUGUGUUGAUUAACUUCACAUGGCAAAUUAGCUGGUGGUUGGUGUGGAGGAUGAUGUGCCGACAGGAGGUAAGAGAGCGCCGGCGCAGUUUCCCCUCCGGAAUAGGCUUUGUGCAAGAAGGGGCGCGUAGAGAGUCCUUAUUGAUUUUCCGUGUGGUAGUUUUUCACGCCAUCGAGAGUGAGUCACUCGUGUGAAAUUAUGUAAUUUUUACGAUAACUUCCUUUGUACGUUGUUUUGUGGUAGGAAAAUUCCUCAAGAGUAGCUCCCGGAAAACGCGCACUGCCCUCAACGUGCUUUACUUGUAGAUUCCUUGCUUAGUUGUAGCUUGAUUCCGUGCACCGAAGGCCAUGUCCAGGGUCAUCAAUGACUAUAGGAUCCGUAAGAUCGAAUCUAUCGGCAAAAUGACUCAAAUGACGCAGGAAGAGAUUAUUGGGAACACAAAGACCGUUCUCCAGGGCUUGGAGGCACUCCGUGUGGAACAUCUCACACUCAUGUCCAGCCUCUCGGAAGUUCGUACCGUUACAACGGAUCGCGAUAAAUGUGAUUUGGUUCAGAGGAAUAUUGAGAAUAUUGAUUUGGGCCUUGGGGAAGCUCAAAUGAUUCUCGCUCUCAGUGCUCAUCUGCAGAAUGUUGAGGCUGAAAAGCAGAAACUCCGUACGCAGAUUCGUCGCCUGUGCCAGGAGAAUGCCUGGCUACGCGAUGAGCUGGCCAACAAUCAGCAGAAAUUGCAAGUUUCCGAGCAAAUGGUGGCACAGCUGGAGGAGCAGAAGAAGCAUCUGGAAUUCAUGGAAUCCGUGAAGCAGUACGAUGAGAAUCAGGAAACGGAGGAAGCCAUGGAGAAGUCUCGUCGUGAUCCAGUCGUGGAGCUCUUCCCGGAAGAGAAUGAAGAGGAGCGCAAUGAUUCGGACACGACGUCUGUCCAAUCGGGCGGGGAUCUCAACUACAGCCACAUGUCCAAUGUGACGGGCUACGAGAUCCCCGUGCGCCUCCGUACGCUGCACAAUCUUGUCAUUCAGUACGCCUCACAGGGGCGCUACGAAGUCGCCGUGCCGCUGUGCAAGCAAGCCCUGGAGGAUUUGGAGAAGACAAGUGGCAGAGAUCACCCCGAUGUGGCUACAAUGCUCAACAUCCUCGCGCUCGUCUACCGCGAUCAGAGCAAAUACAAGGAGGCAGCGAGUCUCCUCAAUGAUGCCCUGGAGGUGCGACAGAAGACCCUCGGGGAGAAUCAUCCAGCCGUGGCGGCAACACUCAACAACUUAGCUGUUCUCUAUGGGAAACGCGGGAAGUACGCCGAAGCAGAGCCGCUGUGCAAACGUGCCCUGGAGAUUCGAGAGAAAGUUCUGGGCAAAGAUCAUGCGGAUGUGGCGAAGCAGCUCAAUAAUCUGGCUCUACUGUGUCAGAAUCAGGGCAAAUACGACGAAGUGGAGCUGUACUAUCAGCGCGCACUGAAGAUCUACGAGGCACGCCUGGGGCCAGAUGAUUUGAAUGUGGCAAAGACGAAGAACAAUUUGGCCAGUUGCUACCUCAAGCAGGGGAAGUACCAUGAAGCUGAUGCGCUGUACAAGCAAGUUCUCACACGGGCACAUGAGCGGGAAUUUGGGCCAGUUGAUGAGCAGAACAAGGUUAUUUGGCAGAUUGCGGAGGAACGGGAGGAGAAUAAGGAGCGCAACAGGGAGCAAACGCCCUUCGGGGAACACGGAGCAUGGAUGCGGGCGGCUAAAGUGAAUUCCCCAACAGUUACGACAACACUGAAAAAUUUGGCGGCUCUCUAUCGACGUCAGGGGAAGUAUGAGGCGGCUGAGACGCUCGAGGAUUGCGUUCUGCGGUGCAAACAGGACGCCAUGGAGGCUAUGAAGGGUCAGAAGAAUCCCCCUUACCCCCUACGGGCAGGUAAGCGGGAGAAGAAUCCCCCGGCAAGUCUCAAUGGGAAUAUGUAAGGAACUGGUGUUACUUCGAACAGCGGAUCCUGGGGGAGUUGCCUGGGGUUUUCAGUCGUGACCAAAGUCACAAAGUUUUGCCUCCUUUCUUUUUUUUUGAAUGAACAAUCAAAUGAGAUUCAAGUCACAAAAAAAUCCUCACCAAAGGACGUAUUUAAAGCACGAGAGUACUUAAAACCAUAACAUUAACAAUGAAAAAUUAAUUUUCCUUUAAAUAAAAUUGCCCAAAGAUUGAAAAAAAAA